AUGGCUCCGAAAUUGUUGCAUUUUCUGUUUACAUUACUUCUUCUCGGCAUCGAAGUCUACACCGCACCAUUGGCCCAAAACUCAGAGACAGGCGAGGGCGGCGGCAGAUCGGAUAUUCCCGUAGAACAAUUGGAAAAGCUUAAACUUCCCGAAUCCAGCAAGGAAAUAUCCGAAAUAAAGGGUGAACACGUCGAAUUCCAUAGCCUGGAUGCCGUCAAUGAAAACGGCGAGUUAGUGUCGAGGCUGGAGCAGCAUGGAACAGCUGACGCGGUUCCUGGUGAGAAGCCGCGCGUGCACGCCCAGGCGCAGUUGGACGUGCCUUCUGAGGGUGUGCACAAAGUGCUGAUUCAAGAUGGCGCCAAGGUCAGCGUGGUCGACGCCACAGCCGCCACCACCGCCGCCAGCGAAGAGCAAACCACGAAGGUAUUCCACGGAGCUGCGCGAUUGAUCCAACCGGGCUCGGCUACUAACAACCCCUCCAACCACCCUCCAAACCAUUCGGCGGUUCGACGAGCCUUCAACGCCGACAUCACUAAGGAGACCAAGAAUAACAUGGACCAUUAUUCAUCGUACGCUGGUGUACAAUAUUCUCCGUUGGACAUGGCCGAAUACGUAUUUUGGACUGGUGACGAGCGUGGCGUUACCACCGCCAUCGAGGAUUUCCUUCAAGAGGGCAUGAUGACGAAAGAGGAGGCCAUCAACUUCUUGCAAGAGAUCAAGUUCAAUAUCGACUACCUCCGUGCGCACUACACACAGAACUUGCGGGCGGCAGAAGAGAGCGCGCAACAAGAGAAGCUGAGGAACAUGCUUCUAGAACAAAAUGCUAAGCACGCACCGCCGGAGUACCAAUACCGCGGCCAGUCGUUCCCGUUCGGAAACAGCGCGGACAUAGUGCGCAGCGUGGCCGGCAGGACCUGGGAGAUGAGCAACAAUCUGAUGCCGCCUUCGCUGCCCGUCGCCAGCGACCUCCGCCCCGAGCCCGCCAAGAGGUCCUACGAUCCCAUGCUGCAGACCAACAUCAUCGGCACUUCGGACUACGACCGCGACGGUCCUCUUAUCACUGAAGAGGAGUACGAAGAGAUGAUGGAGAAGCUGAGGGCUGCAGACACGCUAUACACGGAGUAUACGCUCGAAGAGAUCAUUUACCAACUCGCCAAGAUGAUGUUCUCUCAAUCGCUUUCGCGCGAUCCCGCGUCGGCGCGCGCUGCCACCCAGCGCUUCAUGGCCUUCUUGGAACUGGAGGCCGAGAGGGGACAGCUAUCGCGCACCAUCGAGAAGAAAGUGCUCGACGUAAUGAUCGCUGCUCUGACCGAUACCAUUGGCGACCACCCUGAACUGCUGCAAGCCAGGGAUGGACUUAGUGUGAGCCCUGCUAACCGACUGAUGCAUCAAUUCCUGGAAACCGGUUCGGCGGAACCGAGCAUGUCGCGCGCCAUUCUCUCCGCCUACAAAGACGAACUGCUGAAAGGGCCGCCCCUGCACAAACUGGGAUUCCCCGAGAGGAAC